GAUACCUCCUGAGGUCCCUUCUAACCCUGAUAUUCUAAGAAAAAUAAAAUUCUCUUAGAAUGGAAAGGAGAAAUUCCUCUCUAUCCCAACUGUAUUAACUCCCCAAAACCAGCAGGUGGAGACAAUGAGCAUCUUCUGGCAUUCAGAAAAGGGGGCUAGUUCUGUUUCUAGCUUUGCCACUGACUUGCUAUGUGACCUCAGUCAAGUUACUUAACCUCUCAGUGCCUCAGUUUCCCAAUCGUUCGCAAUUUCUAGUGUUUCAUAUUUCCAAAGUGCUUUGAAAUCUUCAGAAGAAUGGUGGCUACUAAGGAAAACAAUUCCUGACCCCUUUCAGUUUCUGGGGAAAAUGAAGGAGGGGAGAGAGUCUUGCAGCCCUGUGUGAUGCAAUGAGAUAAGAAAGGAGUGGGAAUAUUGGGGAUGGUGAGAGGCAUCUCUGAAAGAAGUGGUAAAUGAAUUCUUGUUUGACUCCUCCUGUACCCUCCCUAGCUACCCUCGAGUCCCUGACUCAUAGAUAUGAAAGGCUCUUUGGCACACACCCAUGGUUGGGGGUAGAGGGUGUGGAAGAGUCUAUGAUUAGAUUCCCAAAGCCUGUGGUUGCAAUAAGAACAUACUGUACUGGGAGAAACAAAUUAACUUUAUUGGAGAGUGGAAGUGCUAUUAGCUUCAGCUUCCAUCCUGCUGAUGUUACAUCAAAACAACAAGCUUGCAUCCUACCACAGCCCAUUUACAUUUCUGAACUAAUCUGGUGUUUGUUUUCUUGUGCUUGCUUUGUAGGUUUGAAAGAAACUUUUGGGCUGUGAAUUGAGGCAUUGGGCAGAGUCAAGAUGGCCUCUCCGGCAGACAGCUGCAUCCAGUUCACCCGCCAUGCAAGCGAUGUACUUCUCAAUCUCAACCGCCUUCGGAGCCGGGAUAUCCUCACCGAUGUCGUUAUCAUCGUGAACCGGGAGCAGUUCAGAGCCCACAAAACUGUCCUCAUGGCCUGCAGCGGCCUCUUCUACAGCAUAUUCACCGACCAGCUAAAGUGCAAUCUGAACAUCAUCACUCUGGCCCCAGACAUCAACCCCGAGGGAUUCUGCAUCCUGCUGGACUUCAUGUACACCUCCCGCCUCAACCUGAGGGAAAGCAACAUCAUGGCCGUCAUGGCCACCGCGCUCUACCUGCAGAUGGAGCACGUCGUCGAUACUUGCCGAAGCGAAGCCGAAAUGGUCUCUGCAAUGAAGACGCCAAGGGAAGAGUUCUUGACGGGCCGGAUGCUGAGUCAUCCGGAGGUGAUGGCUUACAGGAGCCGGGAAGUCUCAGAGAACAACAUGCCUCUCCGAAACACGCCUCUCUGCGAUGGGAGGGCCUUUGCCUCCACUUUGUACAGUGGCCUGUCUGGAUCACCCCUUUCCUACACUGGAUACAACCCCAUUCCAGUCAACGGUUUCCUCUUAGACGAUGAGCUGCGAGAGGUGAGGAUGCCCCUGCCGGAUGUCUCGAGGGUCAACCCUUUCCCAAAGGAGAGAAUGCUGCCAUGUGACAGCUCCAGGACAAUCCCUGCGGACUACACCAGAGCCGUCACCGAUCUUUCAGCCAACACGUGCCAUGCCACCAUCUAUUCUCCAAAAGAGGCUGCUGCCGAAGAGGCCAGAAGUGACAUGCACUACAGCAUAGCCGCUGGUCCUAAGCCCGUCGCACCUUCGGUCCGAAACAAUCCCUACUUCACCUGUGACAAAGUGGCCAAAGAAGAAGAGCGGACCUCUUCGGAAGACGAGAUAAGCCAACACUUCGAACCAACCAACACACCAAUGAACCGAAAGGGUCUCAUCAGCCCCCAGAGCCCCCAGAAAUCAGACUGCCAACCCAACUCGCCAACUGAGUCCAGCAGCAGCAAGAACGCCCGCAUCACUCAAAGCUCUGGCUCUCUGGGUACCAAGAGCCCUACCGACCCCAAAGCCUGCAACUGGAAGAAGUACAAAUUCAUCGUCCUCAACAACCUCAACCAGAGCACCAAGCAAGACGGUGCCGACCAGAACGAAGUGGGGACCCUCUCCCCUCACUCCUACGUGUCUACGUCGGCUUGCCAGCAGUCCAUGGAACCUGAGAAUCUAGACGUCCAGUCCCCAACCAAGCUGAGCUUGAAUGGGGAAGACUCGACAAUCCCACAAGCAAGCAGGCUCAACAACAUUGUGAACAGAUCUCUGGAUGGGUCCCCUCGGAGCAGCGAGGGGCAGUCCCCUCUGUACUUGCAUUCCUCAAAAUGCAGCUCCUGCGGCUCCCAGUCCCCCCAGCAUUCUGAGAUGUGCCUUCACACCCCUGGCUCGACCUUCGGAGAGGAAAUGGGCGAAACCCACUCCGAAUACUCCGACUCCAGUUGUGAAAACGGAGCCUUCUUCUGCAACGAGUGUGACUGUAGGUUCUCUGAAGAGGCUUCCCUCAAGAGACACUCCCUGCAGGCGCACAGUGAUAAGCCCUACAAGUGUGACCGUUGCCAGGCCUCCUUCCGCUACAAGGGAAACCUAGCCAGCCACAAAACCGUUCACACAGGCGAGAAGCCAUAUCGUUGCACUAUCUGCGGAGCGCAGUUCAACCGGCCGGCCAACCUGAAGACCCACACACGCAUCCACUCCGGAGAGAAGCCCUACAAGUGUGAGACCUGCGGGGCCAGAUUUGUCCAGGUUGCGCAUCUCCGAGCUCAUGUGCUAAUCCACACUGGCGAAAAACCCUACCCCUGUGAAAUCUGUGGCACGCGCUUCCGGCACCUGCAGACGCUGAAAAGUCACCUUCGAAUCCACACUGGAGAGAAACCGUACCAUUGUGAGAAGUGUAACCUGCAUUUCCGCCACAAAAGCCAGCUGCGGCUCCACCUCCGGCAGAAACACGGCGCCAUCACCAACACCAAGGUGCAAUACCGCGUCUCGACAACAGAGCUGCCACCAGAACUGCCCAAGGCGUGCUGAAAGCCAGGCGGAUUUCUCUGCGGGGUGGGGGGAGAGGAAGGGGUGUCUGAGGGAGAGGGGGAAAGAGAUCCAAAGGAUACUUGUAACACUUGUAACACUUUAAAACUUUCAUCACACGAUGGAGUGCCUCUAAGCCCAUAGUGCAGAUAGGUGGGAAAAAAUAUUAAAAAAAUACACGGGUUUUGUUUUUAUUUUUCCCAGUUAUGUGAAACUGAAAAAAAAACGUAUUCAGAUUUAAAUGUGUAUAAAAAAUGUCUGUGCAGUGGAGUGUUUAACCUUCACAGUCUGAAGAUGAGGAAUGUAAUGUUGAUUUACGGGAACAGUUGGGUUUUUUUGUUUGUUUGUUUGUUUUUUGUGUUGGUUUUUUUUUUGCUUUCUCUUUGUAUGCAAAAUGUGUGUUCUUUUAAAGAGAAGAAAAGAAUUGUGUACUAUUGAAGAGAGGGCUUUAACUUUUUUAACCAAAGGUGAAGGAAUCUAUGGCAGAGCUGUAAAUAUAUAUAUAUAAAUAUAAAUAUAUAUAUAAAAUAAAUAUAUAUAGACCUUAAAGAUAUAUUAAAAAUAUAUAAAAUGCAUUAAAGGCUUGAUUUAGCAUCUGCUGGCAGACGCUGAUUUGAGACUCUUUAGUGUGAUAGAGCACUUAACAAGAUAUUUUAAAGUAUUGCAUCUGUAUAAGUAAGAAAAUAUUUUGUCUAAAUGCAUCAGUGUAUUUGUAUUUUUUUGCAAGUGAAGGUUUACAAUUUACAAAACAAAGUGUGUAUUAAACCAACAAAGCUGCAGAAGGAAUUUAAAAUAAUAAUAAAGUGUAAUUUUUUUUGUUUUGUUUUCAGUCUGUAUAUAUGUAAAAUGUGGUUCGCACGGUGCCUUUCUUUUCAAUCGACGUUUUCAAUGUAUGAACUGUAUGAGCCCAAUUUCCUUUUUAAGGUACAGCCUGAUGUUACAAAAGGAGUCCUCUGGCAGAACUGUUUAUCGGGGAAUGUUUUGUUUUUUGGGUCUUUUUUUUUUUGUCUUAUUUUACAUGCUUGUGUUAUGAACAAUCUCGGGAGACAGGGUUUGGGCUGUGUCUAAACUGCAUUAAUGCGUUCUGUAAAAUAUAGCUGUACAAAUACAAGAAUAAAACGAUGAAAAGUAAAGUA